AAAUCGCUGGUCUUUUUUUUUUUUUUUUUCUGACUACGCUAUCCGCAUAAUAUUACUCCCCUUCUGCUGUUGACAAUGUUAUUUGCUAAGAUCAGAAAUAAUCCUUAUACCCCUUAUGUUAUCAACGCUCUGACAUGGAUACCAGUAGCUAUUUUUUUUGUGGAUCAUGGGUAUAGUUAUGCCGCCAUCGAUGGACGAUCGAUGCAACCUACUUUUAAUCCAGAUUCAAACAAGUUGAGUAGAGAUAUUGUUUUAUUGGAAAAAUGGUCUUUGCGGAAAGAUGGUUUCGAAAGAGGGCAAGUUGUUACACUGAGGUCUCCUAUAGAGCCGAACAAGAUAUUGACAAAAAGAAUUAUAGCUUUACCAGGCGAUACGGUAAAGCCUUUACGUAGAAAUGAAGAAAUUGCUGUACCUGCAGGACAUGUAUGGGUGGAAGGAGACGAAGCUUUCCAUUCAAAAGACAGUAAUUCAUUUGGCACUGUACCCAUUGGUUUGAUUACUGCCAAAGUGACCCGUAUUAUCUAUCCUUUCAAUAGAUUUGGUAUAGUAGAGAAAAAGACAGUUGGUAAAGAGAGAGUGAAAAUCCACGUAUUCAAUCCUAGAGUCAUGGAUCCUUGAAUCCUUAUUGAAACGCCACGAAAGCCUUAUUAAUUUAUUCUACUUACACACAUACACGCAUUUGUAAAGAGUAUUGCGUCAAACAUGAGGCAAACGCAACGGAAUUGUGACAAUAAAAAUAAAUACUUUUCAAAGUGAACGAAAAAUGGUAUACAACGUAAGGAU